AUGCCACCCCGCGCACCUAAUCUCCUGCGGUCAAUCGCCCAGACCUCAUCUUCGCGAACACCAAGCUUCCACGCACCAUACGUGUGUCACUCAUGUCUCCAACGCACUAUACCUGCGCCUCCGCGGCGCAUAGCACAAGUCUCGCACUUUCAUACUUCGACGCCACAAUAUGCAGAUGCUCUAGUUAAUCACUAUGAAACCCUUCAAAUAAACCACACAGCGACGCCGUCGGAAAUCAAGCGCCAAUUCUACACCCUCUCCAAGAAAAAUCACCCAGACCACAACCGCAACGACCCCGACGCCUCGACCCGCUUCGUUGCAAUCAGCGAAGCCUACCACAUUCUAUCCGUCCCUGAGAAGCGUGCACAAUACGACGCACAACUGGAGCACUCUGCAAGGCAGUCGCGAUGGGGCAGAAGCGGGAAUGAAGCCCCACAAGGAAGUUACAGUUCAGCUGCAUACGGGUCGCGCCCAGCGAGUGGACUGAACAAGAAGCGCAGCACCUUCCGCGGUCCACCGCCCUCAUUCUACAAGUCUGGCGGCUACGGAAAACAUGGCGCCAAGCGAGCCGAACACGCACAUUCCAACCCCCAUCCCGAGGCCGAGGGUAAAGAAGCCGGACGGGAAAGUUAUGGUGAAUGGGGUGGUUUUGGUCCCGGGCAACAGAGACAAGGCAACGAGGUUCCUCACUUUGACAAUAGACGACAUAAAGCGACGCAUGAUAGCAUUAAUGAGCAUAUAUGGGCUAGGCGGAGAAAGAUGCGAAGCACAGUCAAGGUGGAAGAGGAAUGGGAAAAGGGAAACAUGGUGGUCAACUUUAUCGUCAUGUCGAGUGUCAUCGGCAUAUGUGGGAUUACGGUCAAACUGUUUGGGGAUCGACAUGAGGGGCAUGAGAAGGCUUGA